CGCCUGAAACAGUGUUGAAAUUACUAAAUUUAUAAAUUAAAAACCAUGCCGAAAGUUCACUGGAGGUAUGUCAUUCAGUUUUAUACAGCUCCUGUAAAAUUUAAUUUUAUGUAAUUAUACCGUUUUGUUCGCCAGCUCCUUAGUUAUAGUUCAUAUUUGUUUCUUAAGUUUUCACGCACACCACUCAUUAAAUGAAAAUAGUUUUUUCAACUGGUUUAAAAUGCGUUUUAAUACUUUUUCUAUAGAACUCGACGUUUUGAAAGACUUGUUUUAUUUAAUUUAUAAUACAUCUGGCAACCUGAUUUGCAUCAAAACUAUUGUCUGUCUGACAUGCUUACCUACAUGGAAAAAAAAGUAGGCCAUCCCUACUGUAUAGGAUUUAAUCGUCCUUGAACCAAAACCGCAAAAUGUCCCACUAGGAUAAACCUUCUUCCUCUCUGAGCACUUGUCCCAUCGCCGACUCAUCGCUGAACUAUAAGUAGUACCAUAAGCGAGUGUUCGAGUAAGUACGAUGGGCGAUUACUCGCGCAAUUCACUCUCGGAAACAAUCCUGAUCUAAAAUGCACGCGCGCGCUUUUAGAGACAAUCGAGUAUUGCUGAGCGAGUAUUAUCUUUGAUAGCUCCCGUCGUUCAGUGCCAAACUAGUGGAGAGAGCUCUCGCCGGCAGUGAGCGAUCAACAUUUACUAUAUGCAUCUCUUUUGUUAACAUUGAAUGUACAUCUUUUGUACGUUUCUUGAGCAAGAGAAUAGCUUAUAGCUAAUCGCUUCCUCGCCGGCGGUGGUACAACUGCCCUAUGUUGUGAUAUUUUAUUUCUUCUUGUUGGACCAAUCCGCUAGCUAUCUGAAUGUGCGUCAAAUCUACAAAUCUAAGAUGUUUAUGUUUUGUUUACAGCCAGUAUGCCGACGCCGGUGUACAGUGUGGAGUUGGAGUUGGGGGAGCCACCUCCACAGCUGCAGGAGUACGCGCGCCAGCACUGCGGGGAGGAUCCCAACACCCGUCUGAAAGCGGUCUGCGAGCUCAGAGAUCUCGUUUAUGAACGCGGUGAAUGCACUCCUCACAGGAUGGAUGACGAGUUUCUGAUAAGGUUUCUGCGCGCGCGCAACUUUAUACCACAACGGGCGCAUCGCCUGAUGGUGAACUAUUACCAAUUCAGAGAAGAUAAUGCAGAGCUGUACGACAAUGUGUACCCUCUGGAUUUGCGCACGAUCGGCGACGCCAGCAUCAUAGCGGUGCCGCCGUAUCGUGACCAAGAUGGACGCCGGCUUAUGAUAUUUAGGUUUGGUUGCUGGGAUCCAAAGUCCAUAUCUGUGGACGAAUUAUUCAAGUGCACUAUAAUGGCGCUGGAACUGGGCAUGCUGGAGCAGCGCACACAAAUCAUGGGCGGUAUAGCCAUAUUCGACCUGGAAGAUAUCGGCACGCAGCAUGUGUGGCAGGCCACGCCUACAGUCGCGUCAAGGAUGAUCAAACUUUUAGUGUCCUGUUUCCCAUCUGUCACACACGCCAUUCACAUCGUCAACCACGCCUGGCUGUUCGACAAGAUCUACAAUAUCUUCAAACCUUUUCUCAACGCCGAAAUGCGCUCCAAGAUCUACUUUCACAACGAAAUCGCUUCUCUACACAAACAUAUAGAUUCAGACCACUUACCCGAACGGUAUGGAGGCAUUUGGCCAGACUAUUCUUAUACUAUUUGGCUGGAGUCUUUGAGGAAAAACUUACAAGUAGCAAAGGAAAUGCUGUCGAGCGGUUACAAGUUCCGCGAGGAAGAACUUUGCCCAGAAGUACUGAGAAAGUUGAAAGAAGAAGGGAUCCGACUUGAAUAACA